AUGCGGCCCCUUAAGCCCGGCGCCCCUUUGCCCGCACUCCUCCUGCUGGCGCUGGCUUUGUCCCCGCACGGAGCCCACGGGAGGCCCCGGGGGCGCAGGGGAGCGCGCGUCACGGAUAAGGAGCCCAAGCCGUUGCUUUUCCUCCCCGCGGCCGGGGCCGGCCGGACUCCCAGCGGCUCCCGGAGCGCAGAAAUAUUCCCAAGAGAUUCUAACUUAAAAGACAAAUUCAUAAAGCAUUUCACAGGGCCGGUCACAUUUUCACCAGAAUGCAGCAAACAUUUCCACCGACUCUAUUACAAUACCAGAGAGUGCUCAACGCCAGCUUACAUUUCCUAAGAAUGUACAUCUAAUCUGAAGAAAAAGUGCCUCAAAUCAUGCAAAAUGUAAAAAAAGAUGAAAUUUAUAUUUCUAUAGAUAUUAAGACGAAUAAAAUAAGAGACUUCCCGGAAAUAAC